CGAAGCCGAUACAGGUCCGUGUUCAAGAUCAAAGCGGCGUGAAUGCGUCCUUGCUCCAUGGUGAACCUGAAUACGCCGGCGUCUGUAACUUAUCACUAAAAAUCGACGAUGAACUCUAUGACAACUCUGAAGAUGAAACUCAAGGAACUUGAAGAGAUCGAGAAGGAGGUUGCUACGGCCUUGCAGAGUGCAGGUCAGGCGUGCCUGGAGCUUAGUCGGGAAAAACCGAGCAUGAAGCAAGUGGAAUCGAAUACGUCGAGCUUUCUGACUACGUUGCAGAAUGUCGAAGCUGCUCUGACAAAACAUAUACUUUACCUUACGCAAGUUUCCACUGUGCAACCGCAUGAAGGCUCAAGCUAUGCAGCACAGAAAGUAUUUCACAUGGCUCUUCAUCGACUUGAGCACGCCCGUUCACGUAUGAACGAACUAGAACGCCUGCGCCACCAGCAACAACAGGACCAGCCACAACAGCAGCCUCCGCUUCAGCAACAAAUGCAACAGCCUCAACAGGAGCAAGAUUCCUGAAAACUAGGCGGAAGUGCGUGCAUGUGUGCCUUUUAUUGUGGUGGUGCUAGCUUUUCUUCGUUGUGAAGAGGAUGCGUGGUGUGCAUGAAGCUUCAACAAAAGUGAUCCAUGCCGUGCACAUGGGGGUAGUGUGAAAAGUGGCAGUGUACAAUUUGUACAUAUGGAGGAAAUGAACACUCAUGCUAUGUGGGCCACCUGGUGGAGAUUUAAGCCUCACUUGUAUACAGCAUUCAGUUCAUCAUAAUGAUCAUCAUACUCCUUUUUGAAACUUAAUCAUAGAACACCCAUACAAACUUGCUUAAUGUGCGUUUUUCUGAGGGCUGAGUAGUUUUUAUUUAAGCAAACAUCCAAGAAGCUACUUGACACGAAUAUCCAUGUUAAUUUAGCACACACAUUAAGAAGCUGUCCAAAGCUUGUUUCAUUAUACUUCACAGCCUAUUUGAAAGUGAAAGGAACAUAAGGUUAACUGAGGGCAGUUUCUUCUGCACACAGUCAGGUUAGAAUAAGUUAUUCAUUGUAAAGUAUGAAAGCACACUAAGAUGCGCAGAAGUUUAUGUAGAACUGAUUUUAUUGUCAUUGUUAACCCGCUGUGCUAUAGUCAUGAAGAUAAAAAAAAAAGCAUUCAGUCUCUUCAAGUAUGUCUGCUGUGAUCUGUGCCCAUU